ACCCCCCUAACGAGACAAAAUAGCUCCUUAGGAAUUCGUCUUUCGUUGGAAAUUAGCCACGUUGAAAGGUUCCUUGUUGUCGAUAUGGCAGAGAAAGGUAACUAUUCUUUCCGUCGAGAAUCUUCGACGACGUCGCUCAACAAUGCAGGCCAUUCAUUUAUAUCUUUCUCGUCCACAAAAUUCCUUUCUACCACAUCCUCUCUCUCGUCUUCUACUUUCCAUGUUGCUUGCAAUUUUCUCGGGAAAAUGGGCUCUAAACCCAGGAAGAAUUCUCAUCUCCGCCUUGAGUUUCAUAGUUUUCCUCAUCCUGGAUUUGUUGGACUUUAUUCUCUGUAUAUUCUACAGAUUCAUGGAUGGGUUCUGGGAAGGGCAAGCUUCGCCGUGUUACUGUGAGAAGAAUGGAGAGCAGAGGAUUAGUGUUGGUGAGAAUGAGGAAGGUGAGCUCUCUGAGACUCUGUAUCGGAGGGAAAACGUGUUUAGGGAAAUGGGUUUUCUUGGAUUCUCGGGAAAAUGGGAGAAUUCCAGGAAAAUAGAGGCUGGAAAAAUUGGUGCCAGGUGGUCUGACUGUGGUUGCCAAUCUUGUCUUUCAUGGAUGAGUAAUGGUGAAGAUAAGCUUCAUGUUUGUAUUUCGGAACCUACACGUGAUUUUACAGACACCGAUAAGGAUAGUAGUGGAAAACCGGCUGAGAAUGUGAUAUUCUUGCACGGAUUCCUUUGCUCAUCCUCAUUUUGGAGGGAAGCAGUUUUUCCAAAUCUGUCAGAACCUGUAAAGCAAAACCAUAGGCUUUUUGCUGUGGACCUAUUGGGAUUUGGAAGAAGCCCAAAGCCAAGGAACUGUUUCUACACUAUAAAGGAUCACCUAGAAAUGAUAGAGAAAUCUGUGAUCUGUCCAUUUCAAUUGAAUUCUUUCCACUUGGUUGCACACUCCAUGGGCUGCAUCAUCGCAAUCGCCUUAGCUGCAAAGUAUUCAAAAUCUGUAAAAUCAAUCACCCUUGUAGCACCUCCUUUCUUCCCUUUGAAAGACAGAGGAGAUGUAGGAGUCCUCGAAAAACUUGUUGAAAAGCGGUUGUGGCCACCGUUAAAGUUCGGUUCCGCAGUAAUGUCGUGGUAUGAGCAUGUAGGCCGAUCUGUUUGCUUUCUUGUAUGCCGGAACCAUAGGACGUGGGAAAGGAUAGUGAAACUACUUACAAGGAGAAGGGAUCUACAUUACAUGACUAUAGAUUUACCUAGACACACACAUCAUUCAGGUUGGCAUACAAUGCACAAUGUGAUAUGUGGAGGAGCAAAGUUAAUGGGAGGCUACUUGAAAGUUUUGACCGAGGCCCGGGUGAAAAUUUCUGUUGUCCACGGUGAUAAGGACCAAGUUGUCCCCAUGGAGUGCUGCAACACCAUCAAGGCUAUGGCUCCACAUGCAGAAGUUGACAUUAUUAGAGAUGCCAAUCACAGCACUGUAAUCCUUGGUAGAAAGAAAGAGUUUGCAAGAUAUCUGGAAUAUACAUGGUUGAGCAGUCAGUCAUGAUCCUUCCUAAAAGCACAAGUGAAUCUCCAAAUGAAUCAACAAAUUGCGCUUCAUGAUUGAGAGGCCUAGAGGCCGGCUUUCAUAUUCUUCCAUCUUCAUCACAAUCUGUUAAUAUUGGCUUUGAAGAUGCGAGGCUUGUGCAUUCAAACUGCAAAUUUGUGUAUAAUCAUAACUUCCCACCUAAUCACCUAAAAGAAUAAAAUACUCGAGAUUCAA